UCGUCCAUUUCUAGGGUUUCCCCUGUCGCCUCCGUCCCUUUUCACUCGCCGAGAGGAAGCUGCAGGCCCAGCACCCAGCACAGGAAGAAGAAGAGGAGGAGGAGAAGGAAAAGCCGGUGGUGUUGCUGGUAGCGGAAGGAUGCCUGCAGGUCAUGGACUCCGGUCGAGGACGCGGGACCUCUUCGCCCGGCCGUUCAGGAAGAAGGGGUACAUUCCCCUGACGACGUACCUCCGCACCUAUCGGAUGGGAGACUACGUCGACAUAAAGGUGAACGGCGCGAUCCACAAGGGAAUGCCCCACAAGUUCUAUCAUGGCCGCACUGGCAAGGUCUGGGACGUCAACAAGCGAGCCAUCGGUGUCGAGAUCAACAAGCAGGUUGGGAACAGGAUCAUAAGAAAGAGAAUCCAUGUAAGGGUGGAGCAUGUUCAGCCAUCACGAUGCAGAGAAGAAUUUGAGCUGAGGAAGAUUAGAAACGAUAAGCUGAAAGCAGAGGCCAAAGCCCGGGGAGAGAAGAUCAGCACUAAGAGGCAGCCUGUGGGUCCCAAACCCGGGUUUAUGGUGGAAGGCGCAACACUAGAGACGGUGACCCCAAUCCCGUACGAUGUUGUGAACGAUCUCAAGGGUGGAUAUUGAUCCACUUCGUGAGGUCUCUAUUUCCUCCUUCAACAUCUUGGUCGUUGGAGUCUCAAUUUUGAUUAUGUGUCAUUUCAUCGUGCAAAACUUAGAUUCUUUUUCGCUGCAUAGGAUACAUUUCUACUGGAGUUGAGCUAUUCGAUUAACUUUUGGUCUACAAAUGAUAGUUGGAUAUUUUUUAUCGCCUCAAAGAUAAGGUUUUGCGUGAGCAAUGUUAUGCAUUUUUCUUCA